GCGUUUUUGAGCUCCAAAAACCCCAACGCAAAAUUUUUGCUUCGUCUUCGGCGCAUCAGUUCAGAAAAGCUUUCUUCCCCACAACCUCCAUCUUCCAACAAAGAAACAAUGACGAGCGAUGCAGAUAUGAGUAGCUGGACCGAUCUUUUACAUUCAUCUUCGAAGCUCGUCGAACAAGCUGCUCCUUCUGCUCAGUUUCCGUCUCUCCAGAGAAAUUUGGACCAAUUAGAAGCGUUGUCAAAGAAGCUCAAGUCGAAAACGCUAAGAACUGAGGCUCCCUCUCAAUCAAUUGCUGCUACAAGGCUGCUUGCACGUGAGGGGAUAAAUGCUGAGCAAUUGGCACGAGAUCUUAAAUCUUUUGAAUUGAAGACAACUUUUGAGGAUGUUUUCCCAGCUGAGGCUACAAGCGUUGAGGAAUAUUUGCAGCAGGUUCAUGAAAUGGCAAUGGUCUCAGCUGUUCAGGAAGCUCAGAAAGAUAAUCUCAGAAAUUUUGGUGACUACAUGAUGACAGUUUUAGAGGAUGACUGGCAAAAGGAAAAAAGGGAUUUCCUUCACAGUCUGAGCCGCAUUUCCACGUUACCAAGGACCAAUGUAGAUGAUUCAGGGUUCGGGGCUAACCGUUCAGGGCCAAUAUUAUCUCUAACAUCUAGUCCUCAUGUUUCAUCCGGUCCUUCUAGCAUGGAACUUGUGCCAAUAGCUGAUAAGCCAGCCAUUGAUAAAAAGGCUGCAGCAUAUGCUGAGGUUGUGAGGAAUCUCAAUGAUGCCAGACAGCGUGGUUUAGCAUAUAAACCAGCUACUGCUUUCAAGAGUGCAUAUGAAAGUCUUGGCCUGGAUUCUUCUGGUGGUAAAUCUGUUACCAUGAACAAGAUUUGGCAUCUAAUUCAGACUUUGAUGGGUGAGAAUUCAAGUGUUCAGAGAAAUGUUUCAAAGAAAAUGUUGCUAAUAAUUGGUGCAAGGCGUCAUUUAGAGUGGGGUCAUGAGAAGUAUAUCGUGGAAAUGAUACAAAGUCAUCCCGCACAGGCUGCUCUUGGUGGAGUGGUUGGAAAUUUGCAGCGGAUCCAUGCUUUUCUUAGGAUCCGUUUGAGAGACUACGGGGUUCUUGAUUUUGAUGCUGGCGAUGCUCGUAGGCAGCCUCCUGUAGAUACCACGUGGCAGCAGAUCUAUUUCUGCUUGAGAACUGGGUACUAUGACGAUGCGAGGGAUGUUGCUUCACGCUCCCGUGUUUCUCACCAAUUUGCUUCACAGCUUGCAGAAUGGAUCACAAAUGGAGGCAUGGUAUCUGUGGAGACUGCUUCUAUUGCUGCAGAGGAAUGUGAAAAAAUGUUAAGGAUGGGUGAUCGAGUGGGCCGAGGUACAUUUGACAAGAAAAAAUUACUUUUAUAUGCACUCAUAUCUGGCUCCCGUAGGCAGAUUGAUCGCCUGCUCAGAGAGCAGCCUACGCUUUUCAAUACAAUAGAGGAUUUUCUGUGGUUCAAGCUGUGUGCUGUUCGAGACUGUUCUGGUGGAUCGAGUUCUGUUGUUUUAAACGAGGGACUAUCACCCUACAGCUUGGAUGAUUUACAGGCUUAUCUAAACAAAUUCGAACCAUCUUAUUAUACAAAGAACGGGAAGGACCCUCUAGUAUUUCCAUAUGUGUUGCUGUUGAGCAUACAGUUGGUUCCAGCCAUCCUAUAUUUGUCCAAGGAUAUUGGAGACGAGGGAUAUAACAUAGAUGCUGCCCAUAUAGCAAUUGUGAUGGCAGACCACGGCGUCCUCUCUGACAUUGCCGGGGCAGGUCAUAAAUUAGGGGUGAUGGAUGCUUUUGCUGAGGCAGCUAGCAUCAUUAGACAGUAUGGUUCACUGUAUUUGCGACACAAUAAUCUUUCCAUGGCAUUGGAGUACUAUGCACAAGCUGCUGCUACAGUGGGUGGUGGACAGUUAUCUUGGUCUGGGAGAGGAAAUGUAGAUCAGCAACGGCAACGGACAUUCAUGAUGCAGCAGCUCCUCAUGGAGCUAUUGCUACGUGAUGGUGGGAUUCUUUUGUUACUUGGGCCAAGAGGGGCAGGAGAAGAAGGCGAACUAGGACGGUUUUUGAAUGAUCGAAAAGAGAGGCACCAGUUUCUGCUUGAAGCUGCUCGCCAGUGUCUGGAAGCCGGGCUUAAUGACAAAUCUAUAGAGAUACAGAAGAGAGUUGGGGCAUUUUCAGCAGCGCUGGAUACCAUAAACAAGGGACUCUCUGAAGCUAUCUGCUCUUUAUCACGUGGUAGAUUGGAUGGUGAGAGCCGGACAACCGGGCUUGUUCAUUCUGGAAACGAGCUGCUGGAGACAUUUAAAUACUACCCGGAUGUCAGUCUCCAAGAGAGAGAUCAUGUGUUAGAGCAAGAAACUGUGCUAAGACAGCUCGAGACAAUUUUGUCUAUUCAUAAAUUGGCAAGGCAAGAACAUCAUCUAGAUGCUCUAAGGGAGGUCGCCAAGCUUCCAUUUCUUCCAUUUGAUCCCCGAGCGCCUGAUACGCCAACAGAUUUGUUCCAAAAUUCGUCUCCUUAUGUCCAAGCUUGUGUUCCGGACCUUCUUAAGGUUUCUCUUCAGUGUAUAGACAACGUCAGAGAUUCGGAUGGGUCACUUCGUGCAUUAAGAACCAAGAUUGCCAAUUUCCUUGCGAACAAUUUGAAUCGCAACUGGCCACGUGACUUGUAUGAAAGAGUCGCUCGCAGCUUGUGAAACCAAAGUUCUCGUGUUCUGGUUUGUUCCUCAUCUUUGGGCUCGGUGAGAUUUGUAGGGACAAAAUGAUCACCUUGUUGAGGUUAGCUUGGUUGUGGUGAGUGAGUUGAGCAGGAAACCAAUCUUUUAAUGAAAUUUUAUUCAACUGUAUGAAUGUAUGAUUAAUGGUGCAUAUGAUGAUGCUAUUGUAGAUUUGUUUGUAUCUGCAAAUGCCAAUUAUAAGAGCUCUUUUUUGGCACU